GAGGGGUUGCCUCUUGUUGGGGGGGGGAACAGGCUUCAUUAAACCGAGAGGUGGGGAGGACAGAAGGAGGAGGAGGAGGAAACGCGGCAAACUGAGCGAGACGACGGGCUCUCCGCCUUCGCUUUCCGGGACAGGGUCUGAGCAAACUCUGAAAGUCCCCAUUCUGGAAGAAACCACUGCCUUUUUAAGGGCAACCCAGGAAGCAACAUGGAUCACCUAGCAUCAUUCAGCAGUGACCCUUUUGACAAGCCGCCCUGCCGAGGAUGUUCCUCUUACCUUGCAGAGCCGUACAUAAAAUGUGCAGAAUGUGGCCCACCUCCAUUUUUGCUGUGCUUACAGUGCUUCACAAGAGGAUUUGAGUACAAGAAACAUCAGAGCAACCACACCUACGAAAUAAUGACUUCCAAUUUCCCUGUUCUUGAUCCUACUUGGACAGCUCAGGAAGAAAUGGCCCUUCUAGAAGCCGUGAUGGAUUGCGGCUUUGGAAACUGGCAAGAUGUCGCCAACCAGAUGAGCACAAAGACAAAAGAAGAGUGUGAAAAACACUACAUGAAGCACUUCAUCAACAACCCACUCUUUGCAUCCUCAUUAUUAAAUCUGAAACUUGCCGAAGAGAACCAGCACACUGACUCGGCCAUUCCGUUUUACCCUACUGAAGAUCCCCCACGGCCUACCUUUGAUUCCUUGCUCUCCAGGGAUAUGGCUGGUUAUAUGCCGGCAAGGGCAGACUUCAUUGAGGAGUUUGACAAUUACGCUGAGUGGGAUUUGAGAGAUAUAGAUUUUGUGGAGGAUGACUCAGACCUCUUACAUGCUUUAAAGAUUGCAGUUGUAGGAAUUUAUCACUCUAGACUGAAGGAGAGGCAGCGAAGGAAAAAAAUUAUAAGGGACCAUGGACUCAUUAAUCUCAGAAAGUUUCAGAUUCUGGAAAGGAGGUACCCAAAGGAGGUUCAAGAUCUGUAUGAGACCAUGAGGAGCUUUGCAAGAAUCCUGGGACCCAUGGAGCAUGAUAAAUUCAUAGAAAGCCAUGCAUUGGAGUUUGAGCUGCGAAAGGAAAUCAAGAGGCUGCAAGAGUACAGGGUAGCAGGAAUCACCAGCUUCUGCAGUGCACGGACGUACGACCGCCUCAAGACGACGCGUGAAGAGGAGCGUCUGAAGCGUACCAUGCUUUCCGAAGUCCUCCAGUACAUCCAGGACAGUAACGCCUGCCAGCAGUGGCUCAGUCGACAAGCAGAUAUUGAUUCCGGCCUGAAUCCUACAAUGUCCCUUUCAUCAAAUUCAGGUCGGAGAAGCGCCCCUCCGUUGAAUCUCACUGGUCUCCCCGGGACUGAAAAACUGAAUGAGAAAGAGAAAGAGCUCUGUCAGGUGGUUCGCUUAGUUCCUGGAGCCUACCUGGAGUACAAAGCAGCCUUAGUCAAUGAAUGUCACAAACAAGGAGGCCUGAGACUUGCCCAGGCUCGAGCCCUUAUCAAGAUCGACGUCAACAAAACCAGGAAGAUCUACGACUUCCUUAUCCGAGAAGGAUACAUCACCAAAGCCUGACAGAAACUUUGGGGGGCGUCUUUGGCGCGGCUUUCAAAUCCACGACGGCCUUUCUUUUUGAAAUGGUUAGUCCUGAAAAAGUGUGACGGUUCACACGUUUAAAAAAAAGAAAACAAAUUUGACAGAACUUUGCUGUGUAAUAUCCUGUUGGCACGAGGCUGCUAUGAACUUUUUGGGAAAAAGUUGUGGGACCCCAUCGUCCGUUAUUAAAAAUACAUGUGGGCAUUUGC